AAAGCGGCCCCCGAAUGGCAGCGAUGGAAACAAAAGCAUGUGCAACGCACAUCUGUCAACGGCAGCUGACCGAUUUCCGAUUAUUCGUAUGGAGCGGCACGUGGAACUGGCGAGAAUCGCCGCGUCGAGCGGACAAAGUUCCCAUGACGCAGGGUCGAGAUGGGGGUUCGAACUUGAGUACUCGUACGCGUGUCGGAUGCUUCCACGCUAUUGGUCCGCUCGGUGUUUUUUCGAAAGAAGGUGCACCUCGGGAAAUCUCUACGGGUUCAGUUUUAAUUUUAAGUGUUCGAUGCAAAACGUGCGUAGUCUGUGCGUGAAAUGAAGUUCCAGAAAAAUGAGCCCAAAGGUCAGAACAAAAGGAUUCAUAGACAUCAAAGGCAAAGAGACUCGGACCAACAAGUAACAGACAUGCUGAAGCUGUGCCUUCAGAAAAUCUGCGAGCUUCAAGCCGAAAUCAACGACGAGGAAAAUGUACACGACGCUGAAGCAGCUGGCUACGCCGCAUGCGCAGUAGAGACCUUAAGAUUCCUCACCAAUCAAGGCCUGCCACCAAGUCACCCCAUGGUGAAAACAUUGACCGAAAAGUUACUCAAGAAGGACGAUUAACAGCCACCUAUUUAGCAUUUUAUACUUUUUAUACCAACCUAUUUAAUGAUUGUAUUCACUGGUGAUAUAAGAGGGCUUUUGCCCUUGAAAAACUUACCAUAGUUUAAGGUUUAUAUACAUAUAUUAUAUCUAGUCGUUUCUACAAAAAAUCUAGUCAAC